UCACUUCUAUAUUCGUUGGACUGUAUGUUUCCUUAUUUCUUUGUAUUAUCUAACUUUUCAGCCUCCGUUUAAUGACAUUACCUUAUUAUACUUCUAAAUAGAAUGGAGGGAGGGGGUGCUACAACAUGGAUUGCCCUGGUUUUCAAUUAGAACAUGGAUCAAAAAUAACUCCAGGCUCUAUUAUAAAUGGUGGUUCUAUUGUUGGUGGGUCUGGUCAAACUAUUACAAUAAAAGUGAUUAAGGAGAAGUCUAGUGGAAAUUGGUGGUUGUAUUGCGGCAUCAAUGAUGACACUCCAACAGCAGUGGGCUACUAUGAUGCCAACUUAUUUACAACAUUAGCAACAAAAGCAAAUUCAAUUGCUUUUGGCGGAGAAUCAAUAGCCAAAGGGAAUCUUCCAACUCCUCCAAUGGGCAGUGGAUCGCUUCCAUCAAAAGAUGCUGCAUCAUUUUCCAACAUUCACUUUGUUGAUCAGGAUGGUCAAGCCAACCUUAUACAAUCAGACUUACCAGUUAUUGCAAUAACUCCGAAAUGUUAUUCUGUGUCACCAAUAAUAGGUGCUAAGUUUUUCUAUGGUGGCCCAGCAGGCUGCAUUUAGCUACAUGGGUAAACUAUAUGAUGAGUUUUUGGUAGGAUAACAAAUAUAAUAAAACUGUGAUGUUUUUUUUUGAGUUUA